UUUCCAUACUUUAGACUAUCCCUUCUCGUUUCUGUUCCACUACAACUACAGCGCCCUCAGCCCCCCAAAAGAUUUUCAUUUUGACAAUCGAUUUGACUAACAUGAGUUGGAGUUGAAAAGGGGAAGCAAGAUCGAUACACCUAGUGGGCAUAUAUUUUCCUUCCCUCCCCUUUCUUCAACCCCCGCUGCUCGACCCCUUUCGGCGACGCCGUCACCUUUAGCCCCGCGUGUGCAUUGCACUAAAGUACCGAAAUCAAAUCAACUAGCUAAACCACCAAACGCUCGCUGAAAUUCCGUAUAUUUUGCGACCAUCAUUGCCAUUACUACCCCUUCGCAUGUCGUAAACCGCCAUCGCUGUCGCGUCAACCCACGCAAAGGAAGCUCGCAAACGUUCGAAUAGCCCAAUGAGCCAGAAUGGCACGGCGGCAGCCAAACCCUCCGCGGGUCAAAGUACAGCUGCUCGUGUUGGUAUGAAGAAGAUAUCGAGGCUCUUUGCAUUUACACGACUUGGGCGCGGUCGCCCAGAGAGCGCCAAUGGACACCACCAGACCGAAGAUUCCGCGUCUACACGAGAGAGCUCCCCCGAUGUUCACCAACUUACAUCACGACGUCGCCGCGGCGCAGCGCCAGAGCAUAGAAAACCUGCAAGAAAUGGCCUUAGUCGUCUUAUAGCCGACGAAGAGAAUCAGCCCUGUGCCAUUUGCGCGACAAUUGAUUUUCCGUCGCUGCUCAAUUGGCGCCCAGGACAGCCGCGGCCUUGGAUCCCCCUGGCUCACACCCUCGCCGAGCUAUCAGCUUGCCCGUAUUGCAUUUUCUUUCAAGCCUUAGUAGGCGCUGAGCCGGACAUAACACGCAAGUUCACGCCCUAUCUGCGCAUUCGCCAGGCAUUUGAGCGCCUCGGAGUCGGAGAGAAACAUGAGCUUGGAGGCGCGGUUCUAUUCGAGGUCACUACAAAGAGCAAGGUGCUGCCGUGGGGUUAUAUCGUGCGCAUCGUGGAUGGGGAUGACGAUAUGGCUGGGUACAGCGAGACUACACCUGUGAUCCGGGGCCGUGUGAUACCUCCCAAGCUUGACAUUGCGUUACCUCGGACCUGGCUGGACUUUUGCCGGUCCAACCAUUCUCAUACGAAAUGCGCUUCGUCUGGGCCACCGAUCCGAGGUCUCAAGCUUGUGGACUGCCAGGACAACCAGGUGGUGUUUGUGGACGACCUCAACGUGGAGGCACUCGAGUAUGUCACACUGAGCUAUGUGCGAGGCAGUCCGACCGACGAAGAAUGGGAUCAUAAUGGCCUGCCCGAGGUGCUACCUCCGCUGCUUACUGAUGCCAUAUCUGUGACCAAGUCUCUUGGUUUCCGAUAUCUCUGGAUUGACCGUUUUUGCUUCCCUCAAUAUAACGCGCACGAACGCCGACGACAAUUGGAAAAAAUGGGAGAGAUUUAUGCUCGCUCUGCAUUAACCAUCAUUGUCGCAGCUGGUCAAGGCGUGCAAGACGGUAUCCCCGGUAUCAGUAUGGCGCGUGAAGAGCAGCUAUCACUGCAGACCGAGGCUGGAUGCUUCACCACAUCACUGACGAGACCUGAUGUUGAAGUGGCCAACUCUAAGUGGGCAUCCCGUGGCUGGACAUAUCAGGAAGGGCUCCUAUCACGUCGUCGUCUAGUCUUUACUCCGUCGCAAAUCUACUUUCAGUGCCAAACCUUCCACUGUCACGAAUCCAUCUCUUUCCCUCUACAGACAAAACCCGCCCUCAACCUCGGUCGCGUGUUCCCUGACAACGGUGCUGGCGGCCGUACAGGCGAUUAUAGGAACAUCGUCAGCGGCUACGUCAGUCGUGAAUUCUCAUUCCCAGAAGACCGUCUGGACGCUUUCAGGGGUAUACUGGACAAGUAUGCCCAGAUGGAUAAUGCUCUGGAAACCGUUCUUGGGCUCCCUCUCUUCCAUGAAAAGGACUUCAAAAACAUGCCUAGUCCCACACGAACUGAUCGGCUAGCUGUUGGUCUCGGUUGGCUGUACGACCCCCCAGGCAAUGCCGAUAUAUCGACACACCCUCUGCAACUUCAGGGCCCAUUCCCCUCAUGGAGUUGGCUUGGUUGGAAGCUCCGUCCUGAGUAUACUGGACAUGGACCAAAUCUGAGCUUUUAUCAAGUUGGCGAGGAAGCCCCUGUUGUCGACAACAUUUCGGCAGUUCCCAAUAUGACUAUUUCUAUCGGCUUCAAGGAUGAUAAGAUCCUCUGCUGGGAAACAGAGGGGGAUGAAAUUGCCGCUCGCUCAACACCUAUCACCUUUCUCCGCCUCACUACGUAUUGCUUCGAAAUCCGUCUUACAGUGCCUUCUCCUACCACAUCCUCCGCUUCUGCGUCCUUAAGCGCACUAGUAAUCACACUCACGUCGCCCGACCUCCUCGACGCCUUUCAUUCUCCCAUCGCAGCUUUACUCCUCCGUGCAGCGCAAUCGUCCCCCGAGUCCCCUUCAGAACUCCCGCCCGGCGAGCAUGAGCUUAUUGGCGCUUUCAUUUCCGGCCGCGAUUGGAAGGUCGACGAGUCCUACGAUUCUGCCAACGUUCUUAUCUGUGGCCGGCGCAACUGGAACGCUGAGGACGUUCUGGUUCGUCUUGGCAUACUUGAGCUUGGUGCUGGUGGCUUGCUCGGUGUGGACGAGGAUACAGCUGUUGUCAAGGGGGCGAUGAACAACGAGAGGAGGCUAGACGUGCAGCUGAGGGAGCUCGAUAUCUAUUGAUAAUCGCCUUCAUGUAUGCAUGCACCUGCAUGUUAUAAGUCCCAUUGUCAUGACAUGCUUAAUUUUUAUGUAUCAUCAUUUGGGUUUCCUGUUCGGCCAUAAAGUAUGAUAUAGAUAACCAUAUAUGUAAUAAGUGUCUGGAUAGAUCCGGAAGUGUACAAAAGAUGGACGAGUAUUGCAUGGAUGGCCAAACGGUUGGUACGGUGUUCGUCGGAUGUCUUGUUUAGAUACCAUCUCAUAUGUAUACGGAAUACCAUAGUGUAGAAUAUUACGAUU